AUGUCUAACAGAGUCGUCCACAAGAGGAGGGCGACCAUCACAGAUCUGCCUCUCUACUACUCCGGACACCUGAGGAAGAAACUCACCGAAGAGAAGGAUUUCAAGAAAUACUACGGAGAGCUCCGAGGAGCCACUCUGUUUCUGUACAAAGAUGACACUCAGGAUACAUACACAGAGAAGCUGCACCUGGGACAGCUGAAGUCCAUGCAGUUACAUUCUCCGUAUCAGAAGAAGACCCCAACCAUCUUCACACUCACGCUGCAGACAGAGGAGGUGCAACUACAGAUGGACAACUCUGACACAGGAGAGGAGUGGAGAGGCUACAUCCUGACUGUGGUUAAAAAAGAGAUUCCCAGUAAGCUGCAGCUGCUGCCUGGCCAGAUGUUGCAGCUGCAGGAUGCUCUGGAUCAGGAGAGGCGAAGAAAUCCCACCACGCAGCGGCCAGAACUUCCCCCCCGCCCACUCUUCCUCUGCACACCCUCCCCCUUCCAAUCCCCCCCAGCAUCUGCCUCCCCCUCCUCCACACCGCCCAAAGACAAGACUGACAACAGCCCUGAGAUUCCUGCGUGUUUUUUCCAUGUGUCUCGAAAAGAGGCUGAGCACAUGUUGAAGGUGAACCCCGAGUGUGGAAGCAUCAUCCUCCGCCCGUCCACCCUGGCCAACAACUACGCCCUGACCCUCAGACAACAGACGUCCAGUGGACCCAUCCUGAAGAACUUCAGAGUGACCUCCACAAACAUGGGGUUUGUCAUUGAACUGGACACAGCAGUGACAGUCUCCUCCUUGAAUGAUGUUCUGAAAUACUUCCUUGAAAAGACAGAGUACCGGCUUCACCCCUUCAUGGCAUCUCAGCCCUACGACACUCGCACAACCCCUAACGGUGUUUAUCUGUGUUCAACAGACAUGUCUCCUGUCCCAAAUAUACUUAAAACAGUACCCAAAGCACAAGUGGCCCCUAUGCUGCGUUCAGAGACCAAAGAAAAACUUCCGCCGCCUCCAACAAACCAAGAUGACGGAGAUUACGUGAUGCCAGAUGAUCAUGAUCCCAACCUAAAGCCAGUUCAGAUGGAUAGAGAGCUGGAGGCGGUUUUAAAGUUACGGAGAGAAAACCUGUACACUGAGACUGAGGAAGUCAACACGUACAAGAAUCAGAGCAGUGAGAAACCUCCGUCAGCCGCUGUGCGGUGGAGCGGAAACAGUUCAACCAUCUGA